GCAAAUGUAGUUGAACAAAUCUAAUUUUUCACCGUGGCUUUCAGUGUUGCUGCAUCCGUCGUCGCAUCUCGUAUGGUGUUUUUUAUAAUAAGAGCCACCGUAGUCGCUUGAGAGAAAAAUGUAAACGGGAUAAAAAGAGAAAGAAAGAAAAACAAACGCGGAACAAAAAAUUAUAUAGCAUUUGUUCGUGAAAUUUUUUGAAAAAUUUAAUAAUUCUCGUUAUAAAAGACAUUUAAUGUGCAUCAAUAAAGCGACGGUCACGUCACAUUUUGUGAGUCAGUUCAAUAGAAGUGGGCAAUUUGUGUUUUAAAAUUUGCGAUCGUAUUUGUGUUUGCAAAUAAAAAGCAAAAAAAGAAAAUAGAAAGGAGGUAUAUGAUUCGAAAGUGUACACGCAAUACCAUGAGGAUGUGGUGGAGCCAUAAUCAGAUUAAAGAUAUUUUAUAAGGAGCACACACCAACGACAUCGAUAGCGAAAUAAAUCAACUGUUGUACAUAUCUCUUUGAAGGAUUUAUGUGCUGAAAAAAAGAGAAGAAUUAGUGCAUGAAAAAAUUAUUGUAUGACGGAAAGAAAGAAGCAUAACAAGUAGCUAGGCUACGCAAUUAAAUCUUAUUUGCAUGGAUUUGUGAAUAUUUUGCAACGUAGUCUUCUUAACGUACAUUUUUUUUUGAGUUCGUCUGGCAACCUCUUCCAAUCGCCACAAACACACACAGAUCCGAUUUAUCACUUUCACACUGUUUUCGAAUUCUAAGAAAUAAUAUAAUUAUCAACAGCUAUGAUAUAUUUUGUCUUCGCUUUGUGAAUCGCAGUUCGAGUUGUUUACACAAUCAGUGAUUCCGCGUUCUAAGUGUUUGUUAGAAGGCACGAUCCUAAGUUUUCAUCUAAUUUUCAAAGUGAAAAAUAAGAAAACGUGAACCAAACAGAAUUGAGAAACCGAAACCGAAACCAAUUGAACUGAGUGCGAAGAUCACUUUUAUCUUGGUUUCGUACAAAUAAACAAAAAUCGAAUAAUUCACAUCUGAUCUAAAGCGUCGACUGUGUGAAAGUGAAACUUUGGAAUCGCUAUUUUUGUCAUUUCUUUCUACGAAUUCUUUUGACGAAUAGCGCCGUCAACGAUGAUGUACACAGCAUAUUUAGCAUAGUUUUCAUCAUAUAGUUCUCGUGGAAAUCUUUGGAUCAUCAACACUCAUUCAUCUUUAUAUAGAUAAGACAACAAAAAAAAGGUCAACAUGAUAAGCGUCCAGUACAGCUGUAAAGUUAUGUCUUCCGUUUAGCCAAAGCGAUAAACAGACAAAAAAAUUAACUCCAAAAUUUAUGUUCAAACAAAAACACGCACACAAGGAAAAAUAGACGAUUUGUUUUUUUGUUGUUCUGGUCGUCGGAUUUAGAAAACCCUUGUUUUUUCUUUCGAAGAAAGGAAAGAAAAGGCAAAACCACAAGAUAAACAAAGCAAUCACAAUUUUAUCGACAACCAUAUAACGACGUGUAAUAAUCGAGACCUAUAAAAAUGGAUGACUGGAUUAUCAGCGACGAAUUGAAUCUCCGUGUGUCACACAUUUUGGGUGGUGCAGCCGCAUCAGCGAUGGUGGUUGGAGGUGUCAUUCCAUAUGUGCCGCAGUAUCGUCAAAUUAAACAAACACAGGAUGCCGACGGUUUCUCACUGCUCGUAUGUCUCACACUUUUGAUUGCAAACACUUUGCGUAUUUUAUUUUGACAUUAAUUCGUCUGCAUUCAGGCACACAAAAUGCCUAUUUGCAAAGUAACGUUGUAUUUUUACGGAAUGACAUCAUUUUAUUGUUGAUUCCAUGCGAUUUGUAUUUGAUUAAAUGAAAUUGUGUUUUGCUUUGUUUGAAGCGGCGAGACAAUAAAAAAGUAUGCAUCGUAUCGCACCGGCGAAAAAAAAAAAUCUAGGCCAAUCGCAGUUUGUUCAUUAUUAUUAUCAAUCACUUGGAAAAUUGUUUGCUCAAAUCAAUCGGAAACUAUUAAGAUUAUCAAAAUGGUUCGGAACAUAGGCUAUUUGUAUUAUGAAAGUUUAACUCAGAUCAAUACACUUUUUGUUGACAAAUAAUCCGCACCCAUUUUCUUUAUUUCAAACCACCUUUUUUUCCUUUAAUUCGAUUUGAUUCCGUGAUUUGUUCCAUAGACAGAAUAUAUGUUUCAUGGUAUCGAAAAGAUUAUCUUCAAACUUGGAUACAAUCGGUGGAUUUUCGAGAAUUGGGCUUCUAUAUUCGCAGUGAUGUUUGGUGUUCACAUUCACAACAAUAUACGGCAAGAAACUUAUCGAAAACACACCGAAAUCCAUAUAUACAUUUAUAAAAAUGAUAGUAAUAAAUGAACGUCCUUGCCGACAGAAUAAGGUGCGUCGCACGAUUUCGUGUCACGAAAUAGUUCAUUAAUACCAAUGUUUGUAUACAAAAAGCGAGAAAUGAAAGUGCACGAUCCCCAAUCACAUUUAUGUCAGCAGCUCACACAGAAAUCAAGUAAACAAAAACAAAAACUAACAACAACAACGAACUGGAAAUGUGGAUAAAGUGUAAGUUUAAGCGGUUUUCGAUGUGGAUGGAACGAAAAAAUUACGUUCAAUCAGACCCUCGUUUGCGUCAGUACUGCUGCAUUUCAACUAUGUAUAACAUGUGUACUUAUUCUAGCAAGGAAAAAGAAAGAAAUAGGAAAUACGUAACGAAUCCCUUUUGAGCCGAAAACUGUAACACCAGAAGAGCACGCGAUUAUUCAUAACGAUUGCCGCUUGACGUCGAUAUAGUGUAUGUGUUCAUUUUUCGAAGCAAAUCGAAAAAAAGGGCUGUAAUUAAAAAGAGAAAAUUUACGAGCAAUUCACCAGGUGGAUACACUCAUGUGCUUUUUGGAAUGUCAACAUGCACUUGUGCAGUGCAAUAACUGGUGGUCAAAAAAAUGACAAAUCACUUUGUUCGAAAAAGGAAAAAUCGACCCAAAACGUUCACAUAUACAAAAAAGCAUCGACUUUAAAAUGGUUUCAAAUUCGAAAUAUAUCACACAGACAUCGAUUACACCAAUUUUUUUUUUAUAUCGAACAUUAAAUUGUACACUGUAUCUGUUGACCUGCUUUAUUUCGCCCAACUGCUAUUGGUGCUGCUGCUGCAGUCGUUUGUUCUUGUUGUGAAACAAAACAUACUAACACCAUUCAUCCGAUGUAUAUGCACCAGCAUUUGGAUUUUGUCUGCCAUUCUUUUCCAGUUGUUGAAUUUUCAACGUUUUGUCCUUAAGAAUGUAACUUAUCAGCACCCUUUUGCAACAUCAAUGCAAUGCGCAGCACUCACUCCAUCAAUUUUCCACCAUUUUUUUUUUUGUAAACUCAGACUCCGUAGCAUUUUCCCUUGCUCGAUACCACCAAAAUGAAAACGUUGCAAGUGGAACGAGAGAAUGAAUUGUAUUAAAAUGGCAAAAUGAAAUUUAACGCGCGUGAUAAUAAAAAAAUGGAGUGUAAAAAGUGGAAAUAAUUGCGAGAGCUGAAUAAUUUGUAGUUUCCCGUUUUCGAUUCGACAGGAACGAACACGGAUGAAGGAUGAACGAUGCAUAUAGCAUGGUGAAUACACUUGCAUGCUGUACAAUUGAUAACGCUCUGCGCUCCAUAUAUUUUCACCCAUCCAUAAACUGAAUGGCGGGCGCAGCAGCAGCAAAAAACACCGAGAUAAACAAAUUCAUUUAUGCUCGAAGGAAGAGCAAAUUUAAUUUCGUUGAAAAACCACUGUUUCAUUUUUGACUGCACGUGUGUGUCAGACUGCCACUAUCAGUUUGCCCGUGUGCAUGUCGCAAAAUUAUCAAUCAACCAUGCCGAUGUAAUUCCAAAAAUGGAAGUUGAAAAAAGUCUCAAAAAUCCCUAUAUAUUCAGUAAAAUGAAAUUAUGUUGGCUUGACAUUCGUUGAUUUCAUAUUUUCUUGCAAAACAAAAUCGAUUGCUCGAACAAAGAGUCAAAGAUCUAUCCUUAUCAUCAUACAAAGUAGUGUUGAUUGGUGUUUGAAUUACGAACGACGAUGAUAGAGCCUACCUGCUCGCAAUAUUCAUUUCUUCGACGAUUCUUUUCUAAUCACGAGCUUAUAUUUCCUAUCUCGGCAAGCGAUACGAAAACUUGGCAGCAAACUAACGAAAACAAGUUCAAAGUUGAACAAAGUCCCGUUGAUAGCAACAUUGAUUUCCUCAGAAUUGAGUUGCCGUCGGCGCUUGGAAAUAUUAUGGCCUAUCUUAUCGCUCAUUUAAAAUAUAUACAAAACGAAAGCAGUUCAAACAAAAUAAUCGAAGUUCAGUGUCUUGUUUUUCAUCUUAUCUCAACAGAAAUCUAAUUGCGAAUAACGAUUGAAAUACAAUACGGUUUAUUUGCCAACGACGCAUUUUAUACGACGCAUUGUCCACGAUUCUCAUUCAGAAACUCCAACAAAUCUGCUUGUAAAUAAUGCAUGACUGAAGCAGCACACAGAGAUUACACGCACAUAAUUCAUGCUGACAUUCCACUGAACGGAAGAGAGAGAGAGAGAGAUGUACAUACAUAAAUAAACACAGAAAUGAAUAACGCCGUUGCUUGGACUACAAACCAGUUGGGAACAAUGGCAUUGUGUUUGAUUCAAUUUGAUGCCUCCUCGCUGUUUUUGUUAUAUUUGUGUGACAUCAAUAAAAUCGGAUGCGAAUGGAUGCGAUGUGUAUUAAAUUAAUGUUAUCAACGAAUGUGAGACGAAAUCACGAUACAGUUGAUUCACGAUAUACUUGAUUGAAUGAACCAAAUGUUGAUAUUUUGCCGCCGAAUUUUGCUCUUCCAUAAAGUGAAUACAAAGCCAUUGUGUACGUGCAAAAAAUCGCUUUGACACUGUUUUGUCACGAAUCGUGACUCACGAUUACUGUGCACAAUUUUUCUCACUUAGGUUUCUCGAAUAAAAUUUAUUCCUUCGUUUUACAAUCAUUGUGAACACCGCUUGAGAGAGAGAGAGAGAAAGAGAGAGAGAGAGAAAGAGAGAGAGAGAGAAAGAGAGAGAGAGAGAGAAAGAGAGAGAGAGAAAGAGAGAGAGAGAAAGAGAGAGAGAGAAAGAGAGAGAGAGAAA